AUGAGUCUCCUGCACUUCAGUCGAGGCCUCUCGAGCCUCAGGACGCGUUCUCAAUCCCUUACGGCGCUGAGCAGUGCUCGAUCACCGCGGCCUUCGAUAUAUUUUCCCCGGCGGAGUUUCCAUGCUGCUUUGGCUCUUGGAGGGAUCAGGUCUCAGGUUCUGAAGGAUGUUGGAGAAGGGAUAACGGAAGUUCAGAUCAUUCAGUGGUACGUUGAGGAAGGGGCGAGAGUGGAAGAGUGGAAGCCGCUUUGCCAGUACCAGUCUGAUAAAGCAGUGGAUGAUAUCACCUCGCGGUAUGAGGGCGUGGUGAAGAAGCUACAUUUUCAGGCAGAUGAUACUGUUCCUACCGGGAGGGCGCUCUGUGACAUUGAAGUCAACGACGCUCAAUAUCCCGAAGACCCUCCUGAAGCAAACGCAGAGACCUCUCCACCAGCGCGGACCACGAUAGACUCGCAAACAGUACCCCAACCGAGUGUCCCAUUACCAGAUACCUCAGCCCCGCCACCCCCAAACAGUGCUCCAAAGUCACGCCAUGCUACACUUGCAACCCCCGCUGUCCGCGGGCUCCUCAAGCAGUUCAAGGUGAACAUCGAGGAUGUGAAUGGAACUGGCAGGGAUGGCCGAGUGCUCAAGGAGGAUAUCCACCGUUUUAUUGCAGCGCGAGACGCGCCGAGCACAGCUCCAUCACCAUCGCCCUCAACAUCCCCGCAGGCUGAAACAGCUGUUAGCCUAACGCCUAUCCAGACGCAGAUGUUCAAGAGCAUGACCCGGUCCCUGACAAUCCCGCAUCUCGGAUUCGGUGACGAGCUUAGCAUCAACAACAUUACAGCUCUACGCAAGAGAAUAGCCAACUCCAAGGACGAUCCAAGAAAAAUCACAUUCCUCUCAUUCGUCGUCAAAGCCGUCUCGCUCGCUCUAACCGAGUACCCCAUCCUCAACGCCAAACUAGAUACCUCCAACUCCGACAAGCCCCAACUCAUCCUACGCCCAAGACACAACAUCGGAAUCGCAAUGGACACCCCGCAGGGCCUGAUAGUCCCCAACAUCAAGGACGUGGGCAACCUAACCAUCCUAGACAUUGCGCAGGAGAUUUCCCGUCUCAGCGCACUAGGGCAAGAAGGCAAACUUACACCAGCCGACCUCAGCGGUGGCACAAUCACAGUCUCGAACAUCGGGAAUAUCGGAGGCACAUAUGUUAGCCCGGUGAUCGUGACCAACGAGCUCGCGAUUCUCGGCGUCGGAAGGGCAAGGACGAUACCUGUUUUCAACGAGGCUGGUCAAGUUAGCAAAGGCGAGGUGGUAAACUUCAGCUGGAGCGCGGAUCAUCGCGUUAUCGAUGGUGCUACGAUGGCAAGGAUGGCGGGUAAAGUGAAGGAGCUCAUUGAGGCGCCGGAGCGGAUGCUCGUGAGUCUGCGAUAG